AUGGCACCUCAUUGCAAAGAACUCUCUGAGGAUCUGAAAAAAAGAAUUGUUGCUCUACAUAAAGAUGGCCGAGUCUAUAAACAGAUUGCCAAGACCCUGAAACUGAGCUGCAUCGCAGUGGGCAAGACUAUACAGCGGUUUCACAAGACAGGUUCCACUCAGAACAGGCUUCGCCAUGGUCGACCAAAGAAGUUGAGUGCACGUGCUCAGCGUCAUAUCCAGAGGUUGACUUUGGGAAAUAGACGUAUGAGUGCUGCCAGCAUUGCUGCAGAGGUUGAAGGGGUGGGGGCUCAACCUGUCAGUGCUCAGACCAUACGCCGCAUUCUGCAUCAAAUUGGUCUGCAUGGCUGUCGUCCUAGAAGGAAGCCUCGUUUAUAG